UGUAGCAGGAACCCCGGCGCUGUCAGUGCGUUUCCAGCUGGGCCAGCUGAGAGUGUGCCUCCGGUGCUAUGGCCGCCCCGACGCAGCUGCAGGCUCUGCUCCAGGUUGUCAACACCCUGCUGCAACAGCGCCGCUACCAUGCUGCUCUGGCCGUUAUCAAGGGCUUCCGGAACGGGGUCGUUUAUGGAGUGAAAAUCCGGGCCCCUCACGCACUGGUCAUGACCUUUCUCUUCAGGAGUGGCAGCCUGCAAGAGAAGCUGCGGGCCAUUGUGCGGGCCACGUAUACCCACUCCCGGAAUCUGGCCUGCUUUGUGUUCACCUACAAGAGUCUCUGUGCGCUACAGUCCCACGCGCAAGGCAAGACCUACCAGAUACACUCUUUUCUGGCUGCCUUCAUUGGAGGCCUCCUGGUGUUUCGAGAAAACAAUAACAUCAAUAGCCAGAUCAACAUGUACCUGACGUCACGUGUCCUGUUUGCCCUGUGCCGCCUGGGUGUGGAGAAGGGCUACAUCCCUGAGCUCAGGUGGGACCCAUUCCCUUUGCACACCGCAAUGGUCUGGGGCAUUGGGCUGUGGCUCUUUGAGUAUCAUCGGACCACAUUGCAGCCCUCACUGCGGUCCUCCAUGACCUACCUCUAUGAGGACAGCAACGUGUGGCACGACAUCUCAGACUUCCUCAUCUACAACAAGAGCCGUCCCUCCAAGUAACACGGUCCUGAGGUGUCCCUUCACCCUAACAACUUCCAGUUCAGUGUCCAGCUGCAGCUCAAGGUUUGGCUCCAUCAGGAAACCCUCCCUAAGGAUUCUGCCUUCUCAAAGUCACGGGCCGCACUCCAACCUGUGUGACCGCAGGAAGCCACUGGCCGGAUUAGGAGCACUGAUUUUCGCACCUGCUAGCUACUUCUGACUGGAACACCAGCGGCUGGAUCUGGCUGAAGAGUCCGGGCCUUCCUCCCAGCUCUGCUACUGACUUCUGUAAGGCCAGGGCAAGCCGCAGCCCUCUGUGGCCUGGAGACCAUGCAGCUCAGAGAAGGACCUUUACAGGAGGGUCUUUUCCUGGCCAGUAUGUUAAUCUUCUCCUGUGCUAUGUAAAAGAGGGCUCUUUGCUGGUGGGCAGUAGGUUUCAAAUUCUUUGAAAAAAAAAAAAAAUACUAAGAACUUUCCCAGGUGUUCUAUUGGAGAACAUCUAGAGCCCACCCAUCCAAUAGAAACACCACAUAGACCAUAACUCCCAUUAGACUUUUUCAAGGGCCAGGGGUGUAUCUCAGUGGUGCAACCCUGUGUGAGGUUCUGGAUUCUGUCCCCAGCACUAGAAAAAAACAAAAACAAAAACAAAA